AUGUUGGCUGUUCAUCUUGUUUCCUUCCUUUUCUCCAAACUCCAGGAGGAUCCCACAAAGAAGGUGGACAGGUUCCUGCAUGCCAUGCGCCUCCAUGACGACCAGCUAAGAGACAUCUCGGCUCGUUUCCUGGCUGAAAUGAAGAAGGGCCUUUCAUCUGAAAGUAACGCAGCGGCAGCGGUGAAGAUGCUGCCGACACACGUCCGCUCCACUCCUGAUGGAAAGGAGAAAGGACAGUUCCUGGCUUUGGAUCUUGGAGGCUCCAAGUUUAAGGUGCUCCAAGUUAAAGUGAGAGAGGGCAUGGGGAUCAGGAGGGGAGGAGUGGAGAUGGAGGAGAGGACCUACCCGAUACCUAAGGAGCUACUCAAUGGGAGAGGAACAGAGCUAUUUGACCACGUGUCAGAGUCUCUGAAGGACUUCCUGCAUGAGAAGAGCAUCAGUUUGGAGAAGAAACAUCCUCUGGCCUUCACUUUCUCUUUCCCUUGUGAACACUCGUCCUUGGAUCGGGGAUUCUUGUUAAACUGGAGUAAGAACUACAGAGUUCGAGGCCUUGUGGGCAAAGAUGUGGUCCAGACCCUCAGAGAGUCUAUUGACAGAACUGGGGGUAUGAACGUAGAGGUGUUGGCCAUGGUUAACGACACCGUAGCGACCAUGAUGACCUGCGGCUUUGAUGACCAGUUCUGCGAUGUAGGACUCAUCAUUGGUACAGGCACUAACGCGUGCUACAUGGAGGCGCUGCGUCAUGUCGACCUGGUGGAGGGAGACGAGGGCAGGAUGUGUGUGAACACUGAGUGGGGGGGCUUUGGAGAUGAUCAAACUCUGAAUGAGUACAUCACUGAGUUUGACAGGGAUGUCGACGCGGCCUCCAACAACCCCGGAAAACAAAUCUUUGAGAAGAUGAUCAGUGGGAUGUAUCUGGGUGAGUUAGUGAGGCUGGUCGUGUUAAAGAUGGCUAAACUUGGACUGCUGUUUGACGGACGUGUGUCUGAUGCCCUGAGGACUAAAGGGAAGAUAACCACUGCACAUGUAGCAGCCAUGGAGCAGUACAAAGACGGUCUGAAGAACACCAGAGACAUUCUCAUGGAGCUUGAUUUGUCCCCAACGUCUGACGACUGUGUUGCUGUUCAACAUGUCAGCACCAUCGUGUCCUUCAGGUCCUCAAAUCUGGUGGCUGCAGGACUGGCGGCCAUCCUGAGCCGCAUUAAGCAAAACCGGAAUGUGAGGACAUUAAGGAUCACCGUGGGUGUGGACGGGACUCUGUACAAGACGCACCCACAGUAUCCUAAACGUCUCCAUAAAGUUGUGCGCCGGUUGCUUCCUGAAUGCCAUGUCAGAUUUGUCCUCUCAGACAGCGGCAGCAGCAAAGGAGCUGCCCUGGUGACAGCAGUCGCCCAACGACUGGCAUCACAAAGGCAAAAGGUGGAUGAGACGCUGUCCCCCUUCAGACUUAGCCAAGAGCAGCUUCAGCUCGUCAAGGCCAGGAUGAGGGCCGGGCUGGAGACAGGGCUGAAGACUAAAGGCCCCUCUGCCAUCAAGAUGCUGCCUUCUUUUGUGUACCGCACACCUGAUGGCACAGAGCAUGGAAAAUAUCUUGCCUUGGAUCUGGGAGGAACAAACUUCAGAGCGUUGCUGGUGAACUUUAAAAAGGGUCUUCAACAGAACUCACGAGUUUACCAUAAGAUCUACACCAUACCGCUGGAGAUAAUGCAGGGAACUGGAGAAGAGUUGUUUGACCAUAUAGCGCAGUGCGUUAGUGACUUCCUGGACUACAUGGGGAUGAAGAACGCUCGUCUUCCUGCGGGCUUCACCUUCUCUUUCCCCUGUGAGCAGACAGCUAUUGACACGGGCACAUUGGUGAGCUGGACCAAAGGCUACAAGGCCACAGACUGUGAAGGACAUGAUGUUGUUAGCAUGCUGAGGGAGGCCAUCAAGAGACGCAACGAGUUUGACUUGGACAUAGUAGCCGUUGUCAAUGACACAGUUGGGACCAUGAUGAGCUGUGCCUAUGAGGACCCUCAGUGUGAAAUUGGUCUGAUCGCUGGAACUGGCACUAAUGUUUGUUACAUGGAGGACCUGAAGAACAUUGAGAAGACUGAACAAAAGAUUGGAAAAUUGGAAAGAGAAGAGGGGUCGAUGUGUAUAAACACAGAGUGGGGAGGUCUGGGUGACGAUGGCUCUCUGAAUGAACUCAUCACACCUUAUGACCAUGAGGUGAACCAAAACUCAAUCAACCCAGGAAAACAAAGGUUUGAAAAGCUGACCAGUGGGAUGUAUUUAGGAGAAAUUGUCCGUCAGGUAUUGUUGGAUUUAACCAGAGGAGGUCUACUGUUCAGAGGACACGUCACCGAAGCUUUAAAAACACCUGGAAUCUUUGAAACCAAAUACCUGUCACAAAUUGAGAGUGACCGCCUGGCUCUACUGCAGGUCAGAGCUAUUCUCCAGCAGCUGGGCCUCGACAGCACCUGUGACGACAGCAUCAUCGUCAAAGAGGUGUGUGGAGUGGUGUCACGUCGUGCAGCUCAGCUGUGUGGAGCAGGAAUGGCGGCCGUGGUCGAUAAGAUCAGAGAGAACCGAGGACUGGACCAUCUGAACAUCACUGUAGGGGUGGACGGGGCACUCUACAAACUACAUCCACAUUUCUCUCAAGUCCUCCAAGAGACUGCCAGAGUUUUGGCUCCUCAGUGUAACGUGACCUUCCUGCCAUCAGAAGAAGGCAGCGGGAAAGGUGCUGCCCUCAUCUCCGCUGUGGCCAGACAGAAGCAUGACCGAAAAUAG